GGCACGGCCAAGGCAGCACGGCACGGCUGGCAGUCCACGACAAGCCUGCCUUCGACUUGGACGCGUCGCACGCACACCCCGCGGUGCGGUACACGUUAUAGAGUGAAGUGAAUCCCGUGAACACCCCGUCGUGGAGGGGCUAUGGUCGAGGCCCAGACAGGACGCAGCUGAGGCCCGGAGAGCUCAGGAGACAGAGGCGCGCCGAUAUAUUGAUCAGGGGCGCCGCCAGCCGCGCCAGGCUCGGCCUGUCAGAGGCCGGAUCAGGGAGUCGGCUGUAAAGCAACGAAGAUGGCGAUCCUGCUGUACGCCGGCGUGGGCCUGGGCAUCGCCGUGCCCUUGGUGUUCGCCCUCAGCAGGACUGUGCGCUACUACGCCAAGCUCACGUUCUGGUACCUGGGCAUCACCGUCACCGGCCUGCUCUUCAUCCCGCUCAUGGCCCUCCGGCCGCGCCACCCACACAACUUAGUAGCAUGGAGCGCCGUAUGUAAACACUUCGGCUUUUUCAUCGGCCAGAAAUACACCUUUAGAGGACUGCACCACCUGGAGAACCUCGGGGCGUGCGUGGUGGUGGCCAACCAUCAGCAUGCCAUCGACGGGACGGGGAUGAACAAAUUGUGGGCUGCGCUCAAGAGGUGUACAAUCGUGUCCAAAAAGGAGGUGCUGUACGCCGGGCCCUUCGGCCUGGGCCUCUGGCUGGGUGGCGUCAUCUUCAUCGACCGGCUCAACUCGGAGAAGUCUCGGGAGGCCAUCAACAAAGUGUCGACAAAGCUCAAGAGGGACGACCUGAAGCUGUGGAUGUUCCCGGAGGGCACCCGGCGCAACACUGGGGAGAUCCACUCCUUCAAGAAGGGCGCCUUCCACGUCGCUAUUGCUGCUGGGAUCCCAGUCCUGCCCAUCGUGUACUCGCAGUACUACUUCAUGGACGAGAAGCAACGCAGAUUUGACAAUGGCAACAUCAUCAUCUCAAUACUGCCGCCUAUUCCGACUGAGGGAAUGACCGUAUCUGACGUCAACGAUCUCAUGGAUCAAAGUCACAAGCUCAUGAGUGAGGAAUUCUCCAAAAUCAGCGCCGCUGCACAAGUGGGAAAGAGCUUAAAUUAAGUUACUUUCCUGUUUUUUAAAUAUUUUUUUUUCACUUCAAUUUGCUGUUGAUGUUUGUUUUCUUUGUUAUGAAUUCCGUAAGAACGAACAUUGUGACAGAAUGAAUGUGUUGUACGUAGUUGUUGCUGGGCAUCUUACUGCAUCAAUACUUUUUAAUUAUUUGAUAAAGACUGUAGGUGUUGCUGUACUUUGUUUUUAAGAAUCAUGAAGCCUAUGAGUGGACUUUGCCAUUUUUUUCCCUCUUUAUUGUUGUACUUUUCACUGCGCCUUUUAUUAUACUUGUAAUUAUUAGAUUCUAUGCGACUAGUCUAGACUUAGAUACUAAAUGUGCUUUCCUUUUCUUAAUAAAUGGAGAUCAAAAACAUG